AUGAAUUUAUUCAUCAUUAUUUUGAGUUUGAUUUUAUUUCAUGAAUAUUAUAUAUAUGGUUUAGAUGCUGAAGAAUUAAUUGGUAUUGAUGUAUUAACGAAAUUAAAAAAUACAUCACCAGAUUGUGAUCUUCGUGAUUUUCUUAUAAAUCUUAAUGAAUCUAAAUUAUUACAUGAUGAUCUAAGCAAAUAUUGUUCAUCAUCAGAUGCAGAAAAACAAUAUAGAAUAUUAUGUCAUAUGCUUUCAUAUGAACUUGAAAUAGGUUGCAGACUCCCAACUAAAUCACGUCCUUCAAAAGUUUUAUAUGCAAUUCAAAAGUCAUCUAAACAAAUAUGUGAUAAAUCCAACAUACAAAUGACCAAUAAAUGGAUAUGGAAUAGAAUAACAAACGAUGGACAAAAACAAAUUGGUGUCGAAUCAAAUGCUUUAUGUCCUAAAGUUACAAGUGAUACUGAUGUACUUCGAUUAGCAAGAUUUUUUUAUCAAAUUGCACCAUUUAUUAGAACUGCUGAUUUAUCUAAAACAAAAAAAGCUAAACUUCAAUCAAAUACAAAUAAUGUUUUAAAAGAAUCACCUUCGCAAGAUAUAAAGAAUACCAAAGAAACUAUUGUUAAUGAAGCACAAACAGAUAAAGAAAAAACACAACAAUCCUCUCGCAUAAAUACAAAAAAAACUGAUGAUGCUAUCGAUGGAUUGAAAGAAAAGACUUCUCAAAUUGCACAAGAACAAAAAGAUAAGACUGGUCAAGCUGCCGAAGAACAAAAAGACAAGGCCGGUGAAGAUAAAAAAGAGAAGACGGCUCAAACUGGUGAAGGCACAAAAGACAAGGCUGAUGAAAGUGCAAAAGACAAGACUAGUGAAGGUACAAAAGAAAAGAAUAUUCAAACUGGUGAAGGCACAAAAGAAAAGACUACUCAAACUGGUGAAGGCACAAAAGAAAAGACCGUUCAAACUGGUGAAGAUGCAAAAGACAAGACUAGUGAAGGUACAAAAGAAAAGACUGCUCAAACCGGUGAAGGUGCAAAAGACAAGGCUGAUGAAGGUAUAAAAGAAAAAUCUAUUCAAGUUGGCGAAGGCACAAAAGAAAAGACUAGUCAAGUUGCAGAAGAAUCAAAAGACAAGACUGGUGAAGGUGCAAAAGAAAAGACUGCUCAAACUGGUGAUGGUACAAAAGUUAAGGCUGAUGAAGGAACAAAAGAAAAGACUGUUCAAGCUUCAGAAGAAUCAAAAGACAAGGCUGGUGAAGAUAAAAAAGAGAAGACGGCUCAAACUGGUGAAGGCACAAAAGACAAGACCGAUGAAGGAACAAAAGAAAAGACUGUUCAAACUGAUGAAGGCAAAAAAGACAAGACCGAUGAUGGUACAAAAGAAAAAACUGCUCCAACCGGUGAAGGCAAAAAAGACAAGACCGAUGAAGGUACAAAAGAAAAAGCUGCUCAAACUGAUGAAGGCAAAAAAGACAAGACUGAUGAUGAUACAAAAGAAAAAACUGCUCCAACCGGUGAAGGCAAAAAAGACAAGACCGAUGAAGGUACAAAAGAAAAAGCUGCUCAAACUGAUGAAGGCAAAAAAGACAAGACCGAUGAUGGUACAAAAGAAAAGAUUUCUCAAACUGAUGAAGGCAUAAAAGACAAAGUAAAUAUUGGUUCCAAUGUUGUUUCAAAUACAACUAAUAAAACCGGUGAUCAAAGUCAAGGUGGUACUGAGAAAGCUAAACAAUCAGGAGAAGAAUCAGUGGUCAAUAAAACUAGUGACGAAAUAAAAUUACGUAAAAAUGCAACGAAUGAACUCUCGCCAAAUACAGGUGAGAAGUCACAGCAAGUCUUAGAUUUGAAUAAAGAUAAAAAAACAGAACCAGAAAGCAAAAAAAGCGAGGACAAUACAGAUAAUAAUGAUAAUGAUGAAGAUAAUAAUAAUGACAAACAAUCAGAAAAUAAUGAACCAGUUGGACAAAUUCCAAAACCAGAUUCGUCGCCUAAAAAAGAUCAAGAAAAAGCUAUUGAUAAAACAAAAGAUGUUGGAGUAACAACAGAAAAUAAAACAUCGAAUCUUGCUAAUGAAGGUGAUGAUAAAUUAGCUUCAAAUAAAAAUAAUGAAUCUGGUAAUGAUUUUCUAUCUUUAACUAAUUUAAUGAAACAAUAUAACAUAUCACUUGCUGAAUUAAUUAAGUUAAUUAAAAAUAACAAAUUAAAUUUUGCUGAAAAUAAAACAGAUUCAUCUAUAAGCAAAACUACUUCUGCUGAUCCACUGAUUGAACGUAAAAAAGACAAUACUCUUGAAAACAAAGACAAAGAAACAAAUGAUGCUGAUGAAGUUAAACCAAAUGAUCGUACCGAUGAUCAAGAUGAAGAUGAACUUAAUAAAGAUGAAGAAGCUGAAAACCAAUUGAAAAAACAACAAGAAGACGCUGAUAAAGAUGAUUUUCAAGCAGUCGAUGAAAAUAAAGGAAAACCAGAUAAUGAACUCAAAUCACAAGAUGAUGAUGGCACCGAUAAUGAUCCUGAUCAACAGAUCGAGAAAGGAAAUCCAUCCAUCAACGAUGAAGAUGCAGAAUAUCAAGGCACUAAUGUGGGUCCAAAUGGAAUGAAAAUUAAAAAGCCAACUGAUGAAGAUAAAACUCAAUCUGUAGAGAAAUCUCCAGAAAAGAAUAUCAAGACUCCAGAUUUCGAAUCAUCUAAAUCACGAAUAAAACCAGUGCCAUCGCGAAAAUAUGAUGAUAAUGAUGGAUGGUCAGGCAGUUUUGUAACUUAUUUUCUUAUUUUUACUUUAUUUGUUGUUGUUGGUUAUUUGGUAUUACAUAAUAAGAACAAGUUAAUGGCAUAUGUUGUCGAAGGUCGUCGUUCUGGUGCAUCACGUACUGGUAGUCGUCCAUCUCAUCGUGGUUAUGAAAAAUUAAAAAAUGUUAAUGACAUUAUUCCUCUUGAUGAUACAAAUCCUUUGUCGGACAAAGAAGCUAUUAUUCUUAAAACUUGA